AUGGCUUCACAAGCCACCCAUUUAGCACAGAUUCCCUCCGGCGAUUACGAUUCCCAGAUGUGUAUGCCAAUGGUCUUCGAUUUCACCACCAAGGUGACUUUUCUAUUCAGCAGCUGGACAACUACGACAACAGCCUCUUAUGUCCUGCUGCUGGCUUUUGUCUUCCUUCUCCCCGUGCUGAAGGGCUUCCUAGGCCUAUUGAAGAAUCAUCUCGUCCUCGCACAUCCAGAAGCGGCGUUCUGCGAGCUUUUUGCGUUUCUGGUGGAUCUACGGACUACCCAACAACAUCGCCACGCAGCCCGAUACCAACUCACCCCGCCGUCGCAAGAUAAUGAACUCGAGGAGCUAGAUGCGGUUGAAGAAGCCGUUUCUUUGCCCACGGCGCAUAUUCUAGGUCCACCAGUUAACUCUCUAUUGUACGAGAGUCGCCCCACUUGGCCGCAAAAGUUCGCGAACCUCAUGGCUUGGCUCCGGUCAUGGUGUCGAUGGACUCGGAGCUGGACGAACAACUCCAUAUUCGCAUUACUCGAGAUCAUUCGAACUAUUGUUGUCUAUGUUCUUAUGAUAGCUGUUAUGAGCCUGAAUUUUGGGGUCCUCUGCGCCGUCCUCGGGGGCGUGCUAGUGGAGGAGCUAUUACUUGGUCGUUACACGCGGUCAUCACCCAACAAGAGUAAGGAUCAGUGUCAUGAGUAA